AUGAUGGAUCCGAAAUUCCAUCUUUUCAUGAACAUCUCCAAGAUCAGUCCCUUCGAGGGACCCCAGUACCACCUGGCACCCAGAUGGGCCUUCUACUUCCAGGCAGCGUUCAUGGGCUUCGUCUUCCUCGCUGGCCUCCCGUUGAAUUUCAUCGUGCUCUUUGUGACGCUCAAGUACAAGAAGCUCAGGCAGCCUCUCAAUUACAUCUUGGUGAACAUCUCAGCAGCAGGCUUCAUUUUCGUGGCCUUCUCAGUCAGCCAGGUGUUUGUGUCUUCUUUAGCAGGCUACUAUUUCCUGGGAGUUUUCUUGUGCGCUUUGGAGGCCUGCAUGGGCUCCAUCGCAGGGUUGGUGACGGGAUGGUCCCUGGCGGUCCUCGCCUUUGAGAGAUACGUGGUCAUCUGCAAGCCCUUUGGGAAUUUUAAAUUUGGGAGCACUCAAGCGCUCUGUGCUGUGGCCUUCACCUGGAUCAUCGGGACCGGGUCAGCGGUGCCGCCGCUCUUUGGCUGGAGCAGGUACAUUCCAGAGGGCCUGGGAUGCUCCUGCGGACCAGACUGGUACACGCAUAGCGAGGAGUACAAGACCGACAGCUAUACCUACUUCCUCAUCAUUGUGUGCUUCAUCUCUCCCAUGACCAUCAUCAUUUUCUCCUACUCGCAGCUGCUGGGUGCCCUCCGAGCUGUUGCCGCCCAGCAGGCAGAGUCAGUGUCCACCCAGAAGGCUGAGAAGGAGGUAUCCAAGAUGGUGAUCGUGAUGGUAGGCUCCUUUGUGGUCUGCUACCUCCCGUACACCCUUACCGGCCUCUACUUCGGCUUUGCGGAUGACGACAACAAAAACUUCCGCAUGGUCACCAUUCCUGCCUACUUCCUCAAGAGCUCCUGCGUCUAUAACCCUCUCAUCUACGCCUUCAUGAACAAACAGUUCAACGCCUGCAUCAUGGAGACAGUCUUUGGGAAGAAGAUUGAGGAGAGCUCAGAGGUGUCCAGCAAAACCGAGACGUCAUCUGUCAGCCAGGGCUAG